UUUUUUAAACAUAAUUUCUAUGAAAAAUUAACAUUUUGAUGUGAUUACAUAUAAUUGUGCAUAUAAAUUAAAAUAUCUCCAAUCUAAUCAUGAUUUUCAUUCGAUUUUACACAAAUCGUAGUUUAAAUAUUUUAUCAGUAGCAAAAAGUGGUAUAUACUAUCCUUUGUCUAAAAUAUAUUUCUAUAAACAUUACAAAUUUAAAUAUAAAAAAUACUCAACUAAUAUUAACGUUUUGCCAAAAAGAUGUAAAGUAGCAAUAUGUGGUGGAGGAAUUAUGGGUGCAUCUGUAGCAUACCACUUGGCUCAACUUGGCUGGGGUCAUCAUACUUUAGUAGUUGAACAAGGCGUUAUUGGUGGAGGAAAAUCUUCAUUUUCAUCAGACCUAGUCGGAAUUUUUAAACCUUCAUUAGGUCAAGUGAAGUUAUGCCAAUCUAGUGUCAGUCUAUUUCAAGAAUUAGAAUUACAAGGUUAUAAAACUGGAUGGAAGCAAUGUGGUAGCUUAUGUGUUGCUAGAUCACGUGAUCGAAUGCAUGUUUUUCAUAGAAUGAAAUCUCAAUCAGUUUUUUGGGGAAUUGAAUGUGAAUUAGUAAAUCCGAAGAGAGCUAAAGAAAUUUGUCCACUCAUUAACAUUGACGAUAUUAAAGGUGCAUUAUGGAUUCCAGGUGAUGGAGUAGCUGACUCCUAUCUGACAAACAUAUCUCUUUUAGAUGCUGCCAAAGAAAAAGGUGUUACUGUUGUUGAAAACUGUAGACUAAUGGAAGUGGUAUGUGAUCAUGGAAAAGUAGUUGCGAUUGAUACUACAAUUGGUUCAGUUGAAUGUGAUUAUUUUGUCAAUUGUGGGGGAUUUUGGGCUCAAAAAAUUGGUCAAUUAAGCCAUCCUACAGUUAAAGUACCACUUCAUCCAGUUGAACAUUAUUAUCUUCUUACUAAACCUAUACUAAACAUAGAUCCUUUAAUCCCAGUUGUACGGGAUCAGGAUGGAUAUAUUUAUCUUAGGGAAUUAAAUGGUUGUAUUUUAGCUGGUGGAUUCGAACCAGAAGGAAAACCUGCAUUUGAAGAUGGAAAAUGUCCAGAAAAUAUGGAAGGAAGAAAGCUUUUAGCAGAUUGGGAUCAUUUUCAUAUUUUAUUUGAGCAAAUAUUACAUAGAGUACCUUCAUUAGCUGAUGCUACACUUGAUAGUUUAAUUAAUUUUGCAGAAACAUUUUCACCCGAUUGUAAAUGGCUUGUUGGUCAAGCGCCUGAAAUUCAUAAUUAUUAUGUAGCUGCUGGUAUGAAAACAGUAGGUAUAUCAGCUGCGGGUGGUGUUGGAAAAGGAACUGCUCAAUCUAUUGUUAAUGGAUACUCUGAAUUCGACAUGUAUGAAAUUGACAUGAGUCGCUUUUUAGGACUUCACAAUAAUAGAAGAUUUUUAAGAGAUAGAGUAAAAGAAGUACCAGGUAGACAUUAUUCAAUCCCUUAUCCUCUUAAUGAAUUUGUAACAGGACGUAAUUUAAGAAUGUCGCCAAUUUCUCCUAAAUUAAAAGAAGCAGGGGCAGUAUUUGAACAAGUUAUGGGAUAUGAAAGACCAACAUGGUUUGAUCCUGAGCUGGCUCAUGCUUAUUUGAAUGGUACUGCCGAUAUCAAUAAUUUAAACAUAGCAAGAACUAAUACUUUUGGAAAACCAGAUUGGUUUGAUUUAGUCGAGGCUGAAUAUGAAGCUUGUAGAGAAAAUGUUAGCCUAUUAGACUAUUCUACUUUCACAAAACUAGAUAUUCAAUCCAAAGAUACGGAAGUAGUUGAUGCUUUACAAUAUCUCUGUUCCAAUGAUGUUGAUGUACCUAUUGGUAGCAUCAUUCAUACAGGAAUGCAAAAUGUCCGUGGUGGCUAUGAAAACGAUUGUAGCCUUAUAAGAUUAUCUUAUAACCAUUAUAUGAUGAUUGCUCCAACAAUACAGCAAACUCGGUGUAAAAUUUGGAUUCAACGACAUUUACCUACUGAUAAUUCAGUUGUCCUUACAGAUGUUACAUCAAUGUUUACUGCAAUUUGUAUUAUGGGACCAUUUACUCGACAACUUCUAUCAGAAUUAACUGAAACUGAUUUAAGUCCAAAAUCAUUCCCCUUUUUCACCUAUAAAGAGCUAGAUGUUGGCUUAGCAAAUGGAAUAAGAGCAUUAAAUAUAACUCAUACUGGAGAAUUAGGCUAUGUUCUUUACAUACCAAAUGAGUUUGCUUUGCAUGUAUACAAUUCUCUUAUACUAGCUGGAAAAAAAUACAAUUUAAGACAUGCUGGCUGCUAUGCAAUGAAAGCUUUAAGGGUGGAAAAAUUUUAUGCAUUUUGGGGUCAAGAUUUAGAUACUUCGACUACACCCUUGGAAUGCGGUCGUUCAUGGAGAGUAAAAUUUGAUAAAGGCAUCAAUUUUAUUGGAAGAGAUGCAUUACUUCGUCAACGAGAAGAAGGUAUAAAACGAAUUUAUGUUCAGUUAUUAUUGAAUGAUCAUGAUCCUGAUAUAGAAUUGUGGUCAUGGGGAGGUGAACCAAUUUAUAGAAAUAAAAAAUAUGUUGGUGCAACUACAACAACUAGUUAUGGGUUUACAUUUAAAAAACAAGUUUGUCUAGGCUUCGUUCAAAAUAUAGAUAAUUUAGGUAACACUCAUCCAGUUACAAAUGAAUAUGUAAUGGCUGGUGAAUAUGAAGUUGAAAUUGCAGGAAUAAGGUACCCAGCCAAGGUUAAUAUAAAUAGUCCAAAUUUACCAACGAAAUAUCCAGAUAAGGAACGUGAAUCAUACUUUGCUACUAGAGAUAAAAUGGUAUCAGAGCCUCUAUUGCGACAUUAAUAAAGAUCUUCAUUGUGUCCAUUAUUUUCAUAAUACCCUAAAUUAUACAAAUAAUGUUCCCUAAAUAUUUUUCUGUAUUAAUAUAUAUUUCACAAGUAUUAUCAUAUAAUAUAGCUGUAUAAGCUGUAAUUUAAUAUUUGAUAUAUCCUUUUUUUAUGUUUGGGCUUUAUAUGUUCCACAAAUAAAAACUAUUCUAGUCAAAUUAUCAGUUAUUUUU